UGCCCGCGCUGAGGUGGCAGCGCUCCUGGCGGCACUUGCGGCGCCUCUCUGUGCUGGGAAUGCCCCUCUGGCGGGGUGGUGGCGGGCCCGGGCCCUCUCUGUGCCAGCCGGGCUUACCACAGGCGCCGCUGGGCCUCAAGAUGGGCGACUCCGCCGAGAGCUGGCGCAGAGCCGCCUGCGUGGGGCACCGCGGGUCUAACGCGUACCGGCCGUUGUUAACGUACAACGGUGGAAAGGGCGUCCUUUUGUUUUUAAAUUCUGCUUUGCUUCAAGGACGGAUAUAAUGCCCUUCCCGCGGCACAGUGCGGUUAAAUGAAGGCUCCCGUUGUUCACAGUCUGUACAAGCCACGUGAAGGUGGCAGCAGGCCUGAUGGCCCAGCUGUGGCGGGAGGGCUGCCUUGGUUCCUCCUUUUGUACGCGGCUCCUACCGGGCUCCCCAUUGUUGCCAAUGGGAGCGCGUUCUUAGUAAAGAUGCAGGUUUAUACAGGCACAGCUGAAAGGAUUUCUAGCGUCCUAAUGGCCAUCGUGCUGUGUCAGAUGUUGCAAAGGCCAGUGGUGGAUCCAGCUGCCAGCACUACUGUGCGUGCUGGGGUUGCACUGGGGGGAUGUGUGCUCCUGAGCAGGAUGAGUUUUCUUCAGAGAAAUUACUAAAGCAGAUGUACAAGGUAACUAUCCAGAGGAAAUCACUGCGCUGCGCGUGGGUGGACUGUUUACAACAAAACCAUUUUACGUGUUAUUGGCAGAGACCGGCUCAGCUCCACAUAAUGCCUCAGAGGAUAAAUGAGCACUGCAAUUGGAGAGCUAUGGAAAACUUGAAUGAUAGGAUUAUUUAUCUGAAAGCUGGUCUCAUAAUACCUUAACAGUAAGAAUAGAAGCUCCAUAUUUGUGUAUCUGUUUAAACUCAUAUCCCAGGCAUAUGAAGUUCUGUCGGACCCAAAGAAAAGGGACCUCUAUGACCAGGGUGGGGAGCAGGCUAUUAAAGAAGGAGGCCUGAGUGGCGGCAGCUUCUCUUCACCCAUGGACAUCUUUGACAUGUUCUUUGGUGGUGGAGGCCGAAUGAAUAGAGAGAGAAGAGGCAAAAAUGUUGUCCACCAGUUAGGUGUAUCUCUUGAAGACUUAUAUAAUGGUAUUACACGGAAACUGGCACUGCAAAAGAAUGUUAUUUGUGGAAAGUGUGAAGGUUAUGGUGGGAAGAGAGGGGCAAUAGAAAAGUGCCCUGUGUGUAAAGGAAGAGGAAUGCAAGUUCUAGUUCAGCAGAUUGGACCUGGCAUGGUACAACAAAUACAAACUGUGUGUCCAGAAUGCAAAGGCCAAGGUGAAAGAAUAAAUCCAAAGGACAGGUGUGACAACUGCAAUGGCUGUAAGGUUGUAAGAGAGAAAAAGAUCAUAGAAGUUCAUGUUGAUAAAGGUAUGAAAGAUGGCCAGAAGAUAGUAUUUCAUGGAGAAGGUGACCAGGAGCCUGAUCUAGAGCCUGGCGAUGUUAUAAUUGUGCUUGAUCAAAAGGAUCACAGUGUCUUUCAGAGGCGAGGGCAUGACUUAAUUACAAAAAUGAGAAUUCAACUCUCAGAGGCUUUAUGUGGUUUCAGAAAGACCAUUGAAACUCUGGAUAACAGAGUUCUCGUCAUAUCAUCUAGGCCAGGUGAAGUGAUAAAACAUGGUGACUUAAAGUGUAUCUGCAACGAAGGGAUGCCUAUCUACAAAUCUCCAAUGGACAAAGGCAGCUUAAUUAUCCAGUUUUUGGUCCAGUUCCCAGAGCACUACUGGCUCCCCAGGGAGAAACUGUGUCUGCUGGAGGAUCUGCUUCCUCCCCGAGAAGAUGUUAUGAUUACAGAUGAGAUGGAUCAGGUAGACCUUGAAGAUUUUGAUCCAAGUGAGCAAACCUACCGUAACAGCGGGGGAGAAGCAUAUGAAGAAGAUGAGGAGGGUCCAAGAACAGGAGUACAAUGUCAGACAUCUUAAAGCAAGGUGGAAAUGGAUGUCAUCUAAAAUGUAAAUUUUCACAAUGAAAACUGCAUGGCUGUAAUAGCCACUGCUUGUCGGUUUUGUGUUCAGCAAAUUGAGUUGCUGCGCUGCCAGUAUCACCUUUUUGUAACUAAUUUAUAUUGUGUUCUUGUAGUCUUUAUAUAUAAAAGCAAAUGUCACACAGCUGAGAACCAACUGAGUUGGUAUACAUUUUCCUUUGCUGUGAAGGUUCUCAAUUUAUUUCACCUAUGCUAUUUAUAUAAGACUUUAGCAAUAUUGAUAGAGGCUAAGUGGAGUGUCUUAUGUAAAUACUUUCAUACUGGAAAAUUAAUUUCAUAGAAUAAAACAUAGCAGAAAUAACUUCUAAUAAAUAGAACUCUUCACACUU